CCUCAUGGCUUGACUCAGCAAAAACGCUUUAAUUUUGACUCCUUGCGAUUUAUGAAUCGUGUCAUCACGCAGUUCCAAAGCUUUUUGUUUCCCCGACGGUGGUGGGGUAAGCAGAUUAUUUGUCAGCCAUCUGCGCAGAAGAAAAGCAACACUUCCAACAUGGCGAACGUAGCUUCGCAAUAUUCCAGCAAAAAACUCAUCAACAGACCAGAAAAUGCCGUGGACGAAGCUCUCGAAGGCAUUGUAACUGCCAACCCAGGCCUAAGCUUACUAAAAGGCCACCGUGUCAUUAUAAGAAAUGACGUUGAAGACCUAAGAAAAGCUGGUAAAGUGACCUUGGUGUCCGGAGGUGGAAGCGGCCAUGAACCUUCCCACGCUGGGUUCGUUGGGAAAGGAAUGCUAACAGCAGCUGUAGCCGGAGCUGUGUUUACUUCCCCGCCCACCAAGUCCAUCCUUGCUGCCAUAAGAGCCGUGGGUACAAAGAAUAAAGGUGGGACAUUGCUUAUUGUCAAGAACUACACAGGAGACAGGUUGAACUUUGGUUUUGCUGCAGAACGCGCGAAAGCCGAGGGUUUGAAGGUUGAAAUGGUAGUGGUUGGGGAAGACUGUGCUCUUACUACGAAAGAUAAAAGUGCGGGAAGAAGAGGGCUGUGUGGAACACUCCUGAUACAUAAGAUCGCUGGUUCGUUGGCUGAAGAGGGAAAGAGUCUUGAAGAGAUAGUGUCUGUUGCCAAAGCUGCAGCUCAAUCCAUGGGUACAAUGAGUGUUAGUCUCUCUCCCUGCACUAUUCCUGGCUCAGGCCCAUCAUUCUCAUUGGCUGAAGAUGAAAUAGAACUAGGCCUUGGAAUCCAUGGUGAGCCAGGAGUUAAACGGAUUAAGAUUCAACCAGUAGAUAGCAUUGUAAAGACAAUGAUAGAACAUAUGACAAACACCAAGGAAGAUGCAAUCCAUAAGAUGACAUUACACAAAGGAGAUCACGUGGCUCUGGUUAUCAACAAUCUUGGAGGCACUUCUUACUUGGAGAUGAAUAUUGUGGCCAGAGCUACCAUCCAGUACCUUGUGUCUACUAGAGGUGUUGCAGUGGAUAGGGUGUACUGUGGCACUUUGAUGACCUCUAUUGAGAUGGCUGGAGUGUCUGUUACCCUGCUUCAUUUGGACAAAACAAGGACUCAUUGUUUAGACAGCGAAACCACUGCGCCGUCCUGGCCAAGAGCAUCCAUUUCAGCUGCAACCGGGUUUCUGCGGCACGAUAAGAAGCCUCUAGAGUUUGACAUUAUGAAGGAUGAUGACAGUGCCAAAAAGAAACAUACAACAGAAAAGCUAAAUGCUGAAGGUCAGUGUGUCUUUAAUAUCCUGAGUAAAGUCACAGAUGCUAUAAUUUCUGCUGAGGGAAAACUGAAUGAAUUGGAUAACAUAUCAGGGGAUGGAGACUGUGGAUCAACUUUAAAACGUGGAGCAGACGGCAUCAAGAAAGCCCUAGGGUCAAAAGAUUCUCCAGGUCUUGCCUGUUAUCAUAUCCAUGAGACACUACUAGCUAUAGCCAAUGUGGUAGAGGACAGUAUGGGAGGCAGCUCUGGAGUGUUUUAUAGUCUGCUUCUCGUUGGUGUUGCAUCAGCACUAAAAACUGACACCUCCCUGCAAUCAUGGUCUAAAGGACUUGAAGCUGCCGUGCAGUCCAUAAUGAGAUACGGGGGUGCUGAACCUGGUGACAGAACUAUGAUAGAUGCUCUAAACCCUGCUAGUGUUGUCUUGAAACAGCAGCAGAGUAAAGAAACAAAGCUUCUGGAUGCUUUAGAGCUGGCAGUGAAGGCUGCUGAAGAUGGUGCCCAGGCUACUGCUCACAUGCAGGCCAGGGCUGGUCGCUCUAGCUAUGUAAGUGCCGAGCAUCUGAAGAAUCCAGACCCUGGUGCUGUUGCAGUGGCAACAUGGAUGAGAGCAGCAUAUGAUGGCCUGAUAUGCGCUCUUUAGUCGUGAAACGUGCAAAGCGUGCCGUAAACUUGAAAAACAAGAAAUCGGCCAAGUCGUCAGCUCUCGGACAAAAGACAUUGGUUGGCGUGAAGAAAGGACACUUUGAGAAGAAUUCUGAACAGCUAGCACCACCAUCGGCAGAAG